AGCCAAUCAGAUGAGAGUAUGUGUGUGUCUGCGUGGCUGCAAUCCUCUCAACAAACUCCGUAUCACAGACUGGAAGAGAGGUGUGUGUUUGCUACCACAUUCCCUGGAAGUCAUUUUACUAGGCAUUUUGCUAACGCCAUGUGUGAAACCGAAUUUACAUGCAAUAAUAGAGUGCAUGUAAAGGCCAUCAUGACAGAUUAUCAGGACCUUCUGCUUACCAUCAAGAGUUUGCAGUACUCCAGACUGAGCUACAUAGAGCUUCUUCAAGAGGAGGUGAAGAGAAACCAAGAUAGACCGAGUGAGAAGAUCAAAUCUGAAGAGGACAGUGACGACUCUUCUAGGCCGGCCACCUCGGCCUAUCACAUCAGCGCACAGACCGAGCAGUUCACAGCGCCCUACUCCAUUCCUCGAACCCUCACAGUGUCUCCGAGUCUGGGUGGGCAACCGCUGUCACCAGAGCUGGUGGUGAGUUUAAGAAAUAUUUUGUUUGGGAACUCUUUCCAUAUAUUCAACUAUGAGUGGAAGAAAUCAUUCUUCAAGUUUCGGGAGCCUUUCUCUGACAUGGCAUAUGCUCUGGAGACUGAGAGGGUGGUGAGUGCAAGAGCAGUUCUGUGCCCGCAAAAUGCUUUCACCUUGAGGAACUGUCCAAGACUCCCAUCCAAAGCCUGUAAAUUCACGUCUUCCAUGACGGCAGGAGCUUACAGCGCUGCCAGACAUGCCGCCUCCACCCUGCAUGCCAUGGCCAUCCUGCAGGGCCAGACAUUGAGAGAGAUGCACAAAGUUAGCCCUGACCCAGUACCCAUGCAGGAGCUGCAAAGGGAACGAGAUGUUGUUCCCUCCUGUCACAACACUGAACAACCCGUUGAAAUGACUGGGACACUGUCUUGGCUCCUCAGCACAAACCUAAAUGAUAUGGUGACGGUAGGGGAGAAGGAGCAGAGGAAGGUGCUGGCAGCCGCUCUAUCUGACAUCUUGUGUACAGCUGGUGAGGAGCAGACCGCUACCGUCUGCUUGGUCACGUCAGAGCGCUGUUUCAUCCCCCACAUGGACUACAAACUGGACAACUUCACAGAGAGGUUGCAGAUUUUCACCUUUAAGAAAGAAAGAUGA